CUUAUUGCUAAACUCCUGUAGCGGGUGCUACAGGUGUUGGUUCAUUAUCGUGCUGCUCCGUGAUGAGAUUUCUAUAUGUGUUUUUUCUUUGUGCAAGAAAUGUACAAUUUGUACGUUUCUUCUUGUCAUUGUAGUUGAUGUAAGUCGUAAGGUCCGUUCGUUCGUACGGUCACGUUGUAAUAAAGUUUUUACCGUAAAAACAAAGAGUCCGUGCAUAGUGAUAGACUGAAUUUUCCGUUCAUGGCCUGCUGUGAUUCUUCCAGCCUCUUCUUUGUGACAUCCUACUUCACAAAAUACCGUUGAUAAAUUCUCGCUGUUCUGGCGGCUUCGUUAUCAUGCAGCGUAACCCCAACGUCGAGGACGAUCAGUUGACGAGUAGCGGAGGCUACGGGUCGCCCGGUCAACAUCUGGGAUUUCACUCGCCCCACGAGGGAGCGUUGACACCCCAACUACAGUUCGAUUACAAUGGCGUUCCCGUCGUGGUCUCCGAGCAGCCGCCGCCCAGCAUCCGCGACGACCUGGAACGGCACCGCAUGGAGCUGCGGCGGAAGAUGGAUCACGAGCGCGCACAGGAAGAGCGCCUCAGCCAGGAGAUCUACGCGGCAAGUAAGACUUUCAGUGGAGCAUCAAGCUCCUCGUCCUCCUCAACCUACAACGGUGCGGGCCUUGGCCUUGGCGGCAGCGGAGUUCUUGUAGGUGGAGCCUCUGCAACAACGUCGACCAGUGGCCGGCGGAGCAAGCACAGUUCCAAACAGCACCGGUCCGCCAGCAGCAAAACCACCACAGCCUCGCCCACCGGACCCCCGCCACGCAGCGUGAGCACGACGACGUGGCAGGAGGACCAGCAGCACCAAAUGUUGGAGCUGACGACCCAGGUGAUGCGCAAAACCCGGUCCGAGGGCUUCUCGAAGCAUGAAGGAAGGAGUAUUGUUCAGGCCGACGAGAACCACUUGAUGUUUGGCAACGAAAUCGAGAAUCACUUGCAGCACUCGGUGCGGGAGCUUGUAGAUGAGGAGGCGGAAUUAUCCAGUGCAAAAGUAUCGUACUCAGCAUUACAAAUUCCAGUUCUCAUGCUAAGGAAAUUUGUAAUGCAAUUCAUACUAGGUAGUAUGUACGAUCACGAUGCUUUUGCAAUUCAUACAGAUUUUACCGCUACAACCAGAGGGAGCUCGAGCAAGCGGAACGGCGGCAAUUCGAGUACAACCACAGCCAGCACAGCUACCAGAAAGGCGGCAGCACUUCCUCAUCUUCCGGACAACUUACCACCAGCAGUAGUAGGGGUGCAGCGGUGAAUUCGCAGACCCCGGCGCCACAGCUGUGGGACCCGAGCUCCCCGGCUUUUUACGAGCAAAAUGGGAACAAGAAGACCGUGUUUUCCUAUCACGGCAUCCAGAUCCAGGACCAGACCGAAGAGCACCGGGCGGGGAAGGAGAGCGAGCGUUCGGUGCUGCUAGUCGUGGUCGGUUUUCUCCUCGUGUCCCUCGCGAUCGCCAUCGUCGUGAUGUGGUGUGACCUGGCCAGCGAGGAGACGAAAACGCUGCAUCGGUACACGCACUGGUGCUCCGCGGGGCUCAUCGACUAUCUACCAGCCUACUACGCGAGCUACGCCGUCAUGACGUUCACCGUUAUCUUGGCGCUAAGCUCCCGGCAUCCCACGCUCCGCAGGGCCGUGCAAGAAUUCAUGGACGCGUGCAAGGCGAGGUAAGUACUUACUUGGAUUCACUAUAGGUUACUAGUCAACUUUUCUCACGCAAAAGCAAGUGCUCAUCUGUGCAGUAGAUGUAGCGAUCUUCCUGCGUGGUUGCACAUCACACACACACAGUUCCAUGCCACAUAAACAUUUUUUUCAUUUCCACGUAAGAACUAAUUUUUGCAUAAAGCGCAAGCAUAAAGUGGUACACAAAAAUGACACUGCGAGCGCUGCUUAAGAUGCUUCUGCUCCUUGUCUUAUCUCGAGGUGCCUGCCGCACCGCUACCGAGCUCUGGACGACGAUGGUGCGAAUGGCUACCCACCAAUUACGCCAUUCCCCACGGUCGCGUCACACAGGGAAACUCCGUUUUCUGCCCACGAGACCCCGCUGGGCGUAUUCGAAGAGAAGAGGAAGAAAAAGAAAAAACACCACCGCGAAAAAAACAACUCCCAUUCCGAAACACGCGAGAAGGAGCAGCUACACCAGGUACUGUGUCCUAUUCUUACUGUUUUUCAUGAUGUUGAGAUCAGUUGGCUUCUGCUUAUCAUCGUUCUUGCCUCCGUAUGGAAGCAACUGUCCGAAUGUUUGAUCUUCAUGUGCUGGAGGUGUAAGUGUACAUCUACAUCAAUCAAAAAAGUGUAUCUAAAAGAAAAACAAUCGCCGGCACCACUGUUGAGAAUAUCUCCAUCGUGCCUUAGACUUAGUCUUACACCUACUACUUACACAACACUUACUAGCCCUGAGUUUGUUUCUUCCAGCGAGAUCAUGCUCUGAAGCGUCUAAUCGUCGACGUCAUUUUUUUCGUAGAGCGGUUGCGGUAGUUCCAGAAAAGCUAGUAUAACACCAGGAGCAGAUUUGACGCACCGACUGCUUGAUGCUCUCUUCCGGUUUUUUUUGUUGGUGUUGAUGUCCCUCUUCCGCUUGAGAAUAUAACCACUGCGUCUCAAUUUUUUGCCAUCGCCCUCCGCAGCAUGCUGAUACUUCUGAUUCACGCUGCUUAUAGUGCACUUCUAAAAUCGCUUCUGGCAAUGGGACCCACACCAUCUACGACCCAGGUUUUUUUGGCCUUCAAGCUCCCGCACCGUCGGUCGUUGUACUUAGAAAAACAAUGAUAAAACUAAAACCGCCAUGCGAGCGUUUAGCGUGACACAGGCAAAUAUAAAACAUUUGCCCCCAAAACAAUGUCCUUGGAAACUAGCAGAACUAUGGCGACGCACACAAAUGCAGCAGACGGCCCGGGCCCCCCUGUCGUCCCUCUCAGCGCGUCCCGAAAGCUAUUGGGGUUUCUGAAUCGUAUCGUUCCCUGUUCAACCAAAUGCUGUCCCCCUCCUGAACAGUCUUCGCGUAGCGAGCUAAACACUCGUCGCACACUCCACCUAGUCAGUGCGGAAGACUACAACCGACGGCAUUCCCUGUUUGGGCCCGGAUGCAGUCGCGCCGUGUCCUUUUUCGACGCCAAUGACGGUGGAUUGAACGUCGAGGAACAGACCGAGCUGCUGCUCGAUUCCGCGAUGUCAGUGGUUGUCGGAAAUUUGGAUUUGGGUCUAUUGCCAGAAGAUGACAACUCUCCCGGAAGGCAGAGCAGCAAAAGUCGCACCCUGGCUCGGUCCCGUCUGCGGCAAUCCCUUUUCGGAGGCGACCUCUUCUUCGAGGAUCUGGAUCGCGCGCGACGAACAGGAACAGCCCGGAGAUCGACGGAAUUUUCUGACUUUCCAGAAAUUAAUACCACUGCCGCGGACCAAACGAUAGAAAACGACGACGACGGUGAUGAUCCAGAGCAGCAGCUUUUGAACGCAGCCGCAGUCCGGGCGCUGCAACAGCAACAAGGUGGAAGCCGGGGUGACUCACAGAGCAGUGCGCUUUCGGGAGAAGAUGGUCAUCGGUUUCUGACCCCAUACGGAUCAUACCACCCUUCGUACGCGAGUAGUCUGGCACACCUUGCGGCCGAGGAGAAGCACGGACAGCUAGAAGGACGUCAGCAAGGGGAUCAAGUUUUGUUGAGCCACGUCAACUCCAGCACCUCGCUUGUACUGACCGACGAACAUCAAAAUGGUGACCCGUUGCCGCCUAGCGUCAUGAGUUUCUAUCCCCCGACUACAACGUGGCAUUACCACGAGAAUGCGGGCUGCACCGAUGGCGAAGACCUCGAGCGCUUCUUGUCGCCGUUGCCGGAACCCACCAAGCCGACGCGAAAGCAAAAGCCAAAGAGCAAGGAAGCGUCAGAGCGGACCAGUAAAGGUCGCGCAGCACACCGUGCAAACGCAAAGAGAAGCAAACAGGAAACCAGAGGGGAGCAGAGCAGCAGUGGGAUCAUAACAUCAACCACGACUGUGGCAUCGGCGCAUACAAGUAGCAGUCAUGGGACCACAGCCAGUAGUAACAGCAUCGAGUACGUCGAGCACGACACAACUGAUACUAGCGGCCUUGUCCAUGGUGGAAGCACUACAGACCAACAACAACACCCUCCUGUAAAAAUAACCUACCCUGUGACAGUUGUGCCUAGUCGUGAACGCACCAGCUCCUGCCGCAAACCGCAAAUCAUUGCUCACAUCCAUUCCCAUUCCUAUGUCUCUCACACACUAGCAUUCUGUCCUCUUGUUGAUCUCAGUAGCGCGCUAUCUAUUAGACUCAGUCGCACCAAAACGACAACGUCAUCAACGAGUCGUGGCUAAAUAUAUUGGCACGUAGCGACGCUAGCGCCGAAGGUCAGGGUGAAUGAAAAAGGACACGGGUCGAGGACGAACGCGUCUUUGGUCCUUACACCUCCAGAUAAACCGUGCGUGAAGUGAAAGAGAAAGAUGUUCUCUUUCUUUGAAAUGCACACAAUCCGAUGCCAAACGAAAUAUCGAAAAAACAGAUACGGCAAAAGACAGCGGACAUCCACGGGCUGAUGGCGUCGAAGAUUGGGCGAAGUCCACUCGAGGAGCCUGAUGCGGCCGCGCUGGAAGAAGCAGCGGCAAAAAUGACAAGAGCCUUGUCCGGGAGCUCGCCGCCUGGCGUUGACGUGGCCAAGAACAACAGCGCUACAAAGGGAACCACCACUUCCACGGACGGCCAAGCGUCGCAAAAGCGCAGCGGUAGGAGGACCAGCAGGACGAACGACCCAACUCAGCGGGCUUUGAAGAAGGAACAUCGCAAAAUGAAGAUGCAAGCACAGCAGCAGCAGCAGCUCCACCAACAGCAGCAGAGCGGGACGGCCAGCGGAUUUGCGACGCCAGGGGCGGGACCAGCCACUGCGGGGCUGGAUCUCUCGCUGCAACACGCGAGUCCAGUGUACAGCGAAAACGCCUGGGCCAGUUGCAUGGGAUCAUCAAGUAGCAGCUCCUCCUCCUCGAGCGAGUCCGAGUCCUCGGAGUCGGAAGAGGACGGUGGUAUGAGCUGCAAAAGUAUCGUACUAGUAUGAAUUGCAUUACAAAUUGGCUUAGCAUUUACAAAUUAAAUUUGUAAUGCGGAUUCGCCGUAAGAAAAAGAUUUGUCAUGCGUAAAAGCAAUUAGUACGAGCACGAUACUUUUGCACAGGAUUGUUGGAGGAGACAUCCAAUUUCGCAACUUUCGGGGACUGCGCCCAGAAGUUCGCGAACAAGUCUUCCGCGAAUUGAAUGAAGGUACCAGCUUCACGUUUACGUUUUUCUCACGACUCGAUACUAGAUUUUGAUUUCAUCAAUCUUCGAUGGCCGCUGUUAAGGACUCGCAUCUUCGGGCUUGUUCUGUUUGUAGUAUUCGGCUUCUACUCAAGCGCAAGAACUCGAAGGCGAACCAGUUGACCGAAAUUUUUCAAAGCCAAGGUGCCGACUACUUCUUUGAUGCGAUUUUCAAAAAUCUAAAACAGAGCAAAUCCUGAUAAUUCGGGCACUCAUCGAGGAUUUGAGCCGCGGCGUGAUCCAGCGGAUACACCCUCAAAUGACGCCAGACAAGGUGGCGUCCUUCUGCCGCUUUUUCGGUGGUGCCGAGUGCGGUUGCAUGCGGUUCCUCAAGGUUACCGGCUGGGACCGGCGCAAGGCCAUGGAACGGAUUACUAAGGCAACGUUGUGGCGCCACCACGAAUAUGGAUUGCAAACAUGUCUGGGUCUGGAAACAUGGGACUUGUAAUGCUAGUCCCACACUUCUGUAAAAUCUGUAUUGCAUGAUUAACAAAAAAGACGCCCUCUUUGGUCAUACAAAAGCGCAGUUUCUCAUGCGGAGUGAGCAUGAGAGAGCGUUCUGCAAACUUGUCAUGCACAUGCUUGGCUGCAUUGGGUAAUACUUCAGCUAUCCACAGUUCAGCAUCACAAGUUUCCUGACCCAGACAUAUUUGCACAGGAUAACGAAAUGCCGAGACUCCGCCAAACGUGCCGGGAUGUGCUGGAUGAGUUCAACGCCGUUCCGAAAGAAGCCGUGUUUCCUUGUACAGUUUUUUGUUUUCAUCUUUUGGUGUAGUCUGUGUCAGCGUGGUCAACACAGCUGUUACUCCACCUUCAUAAGGAAAUUUAUUUUUAUGUGCGGAAAAGAUCUAGCUUUCAUGCUGCUCAAGAACACUGGUGGCCCUUCUUCUGAUGUAUUCUGAGACCUAGUAUUUGCAGUUGCACUGACUUGCUGCCCAAGAACGGCCGCAUAAUUGUUCUACUAGGUGUCGGCAGCUACUACACAGACCGCGCGUAUCAGGCGUACGACGGGUCUCCCGUGGAGUUCUGGCGGCUGUCCAAGAUCAACUUUACGAAGCUGUUUGCGAAGUACACGGAGGACGAGUGCGAGCUCGCGUACGUAAACUACGUCCUGCGGAAGGAGGAGACCUGCCGUCGGUGCCUAUGCAUUGCAAAAGUAUCGUACUACGUGGUAAUUGCAUUACAAAUUCGCUUAGCAUUACAAAUGAAAUUUGUAAUGUGGUUUUACCUUAGAAAGGAGAUUAGUCAUGCAUAACAGUAAUUACUACGAGAACGAUACUUUUCCAGAGCAUAGUGCCGCGCGCAGGGCAUUUUCGCGGUGAUUGACUGCAAAAACGCGAGCGUGAGCAGCAUGGUGUGGCAGGUCCCGAAGCUGAAGAUCAUGAUCCGGUUAUCCUGAGUAAAACCGUACCCACACCAGAGUUGUAAUGCAGAUUUGCAAAGACAGGAAGACCUGUAACGCACAUCCCCAUGAGAGCCAUUUCCUAUCGUGUCUCGGAAUUUGUGAUGCUGUGUACAGGAUGAGCAGAUGAAUCUGUGAUGCGGCUGCACUUGCUAACCUGCACUACACUGCAGAGUGCAGCUUGUCAUGCGUGACUCACAAAACUCCUCGGUUUGUGUUGCAAAAUCCCCAUCCUGACUCUGGUGUGGGUACGUUUUUACUCAGGAUACCGGUUCAUGGGUAAAUACGGUGAGCAGUUUUUUCCGGAUUCCAUCUCCCGCGCGCUCGUGUACAAUGCGCUAUCGCAACAAAAAAUUGUUACAGUUACACAUUGUGUUGCAGGCCAAGCAAGACAGACAAGCUCUGCCAUGCCGGAUGUGCAUAGGGGCCUCGUUUCAUAGGUGUUUUCCCGUAGGAUCUCUGCAUUACAAGUUUCCUCACUCAUGCAGAGAAAUUUGUGUUGCUGAAUUCGCUACAAAUGUGUAACUGUAACACUUUUUUCGUGGGAUAUGCGCCGAAGGGCGCCGACUACUUCUGGAAGCUGUUCUCCUCCGUGUUAAGCGCCGCGACGAUAUGACCGUGCACAACUUGCCCUGCUGCUCUCCCUCAUUUGAAGGGCAGGAAAAGCAACACAAGCAACAGUAGAAAUAGAAAAGGGGCUCUCGCAUGACAAAUCUGCGCGCGGCUUGUAGUACUGUUGGAUGAGGAGGUUCCGAAAUUUGUCAUGCAAGUAGUACUUACGAGCAAGGUGCGAGUUUGGUAUUUUGCAUUACAAAUGAGCAGGGGGAGGGGGGUUGUGCACUCUCAUAGACGAGGGAAAAAGUGCAGAUUGUCUCGACCGAUGGCCGGGAGGAAAUCUCGAAACUCAUGGACCUCCGGAUCGUCUCCCAACUGGAGCAGCUGCUGCCGGAGUGAAGAAAGCAAAGCGAGUCGCUUCGACCCUGUGCUCUGUCUUUACGACCCAGCGACGUGGACUAUGCCCAGCUUCUUCCGCUAGGCAAAUGAUGAUGUUGAAAGAACAGCUCCUGCGCAAGAGUAGGUGAACGAACACCUCCCAGGGCCGACUCGUCUUCGUCACCGCUGUGCUUUGACAUUCCCGCUGGUUGUGCAGUGAGUGCUGACCGUAGAGGACAUGUAGUUGUCCUUCACUUGCCUUCACCAGCAAGAAUGUCAAAGUCACAGCCUCUGGUGGUAUUGUUCCUACAUAAUCAUCUUCAUGCGACCUUUUCCUAGAACGACCUAACACGAGCAAAACCAGCGCUACUAACUUUCUUGUAAGUACAUAAAAGAUAAACGAGCAAGAACGCUAACGCAUGGGAAC